UUGAAAACAAUGAGACCAAACGAACUUUGCUGAAUGGAGGAACCAUGAAUCACGGGAUCGUAUAUUUGUUUUUAUUUUCUAGUUUAUAUUAAAAGUCCUGAAUUCAAAAUGAAUUGGUCUCACCUGAUCAUUUUUGUUUUUGCUUCUUCGUUUCUAAUGGGACAGUGUGUGUUACAGGCCAUUUCCACUCAGAGUGGUGAGACCUUGCCUGACAAUUUCAUAGGGUUUGACUCAGUCCCUGACAAAGUGGCAGAUGGCUCAGUGGUCCGUGUGCGGUAUCAGUGCUCCAGGCCAUGUCAGCUUGCCGUGGAGGUGGUGGUGUCAACAUUAAGGAAGACAGAUUUGGUGGUCUUCAGGAGAAAAUGGAUCAGCAGCGCAACUCGAGUCUACCGGAUCCAGCAGGUGCGGCUCAGACUGCCUCUGUCCAUUUCACAUCAUCAUGACUUUUUCAGCAGGAACAUGUUGGAAAGCCAGAAUGUGACAGUUCAUGCCUGGCUGGAUUAUAUAAAAAGAGGCAGCGAAAUCAGCACAUACCACAGCUCCAUGUUGAGGAUUUAUAAAGUGCUACAAGUAGCACUGCUUUCCAAAGGGCCGAGUCAACCUCCCGCUGGGUGCCCGUCAUGGUCUGCUCGACUGAUGACCAGCAGCAGAAUCCAUCAGUGCCCACAAGAGUCAGAUGCAAUCGAUAUGUUGAAAUUUCCUUUGGCGAGUACUGGUGAGCACUUUGGGGGAGUUCGCAGAUUCCAGCCUUUCAUUAACGGAGCCCUGGAGAGAGCCCGCCUUCACGCUGUGUCACAACCCAGAGUCACUUUAUCUGUGUGGAUCUACCUGUUAAAAUGGUGUCACAUGAAGCUCUGUGGGAUCAUCCAUCAUGUCAACAGGAGAAAUUUCUAUGACUCUGUCCUGCUGCAGCUUACAGACACAGGAAACAUCAUAGUUCAGGCACAUGUAACAACAGGAGAGGAUGAAGCAUUCAAAGCCAACGUGGCAUUGCCCCUGUGGAAAUGGAUUAGAUUGGACUGUUACGUACUCGACUCAAAGGUUCUGCUGGAUACAACAUGGGAUGAAGAAACUCGCAGAUUUGUAUAUGAAUUUCAGGACAGUAUCCACUUUGAUGACACUGAUGGAUACUUUGUGAUUGGAGGAAGCAAAUACAUGGCCGGCAUCCACGGCUACUUUGGGCCAAUCAAAUACUACCGUCUUGGAACUAAAGAGGUCAAGAAUGCACUUCAGCCUAAGUCAACAUUACAGGAGCUGGAAAGGGCUCAUAAGGAAUGCCAGGAAAUAAGAACAUUUACAAAGGCAUUUUUUCAGGAAGCAACUGCAGCUCACCUUCCUUCACCAGCCAGUAAAGCUGUGUGUACUCCUGACUUCCUCAGGCUGUUGGGUCAGUUUAAAAGAAAUGAGAAAACCUGCACACAAGCAUGGUCCUGGGGAACACAGCGUAAACACAGCACAUUCUUUCAUUUCUUGCUAAGGCAAGAGGAUGAAAUCAGGACAGGAUCUUGGAGUGUGAAGAACCUCAAGAGUGCUUUGUUUAACCUGGCAGUGGGUACAAUGUUCCCCCUGGAUGAGGCUGAAAAGAAAAUCACAUCCGAAUCAAUGGCUUUCUUACAAGUGUCCUCUUGCUUUGGAAAUCACAGAGCAUCACUCUUGUUGGCCACCAUACACCUGUCUGGCCUGGGACACUCAGUCAAUCAAGAACAGGGUCAUGUUUAUAGCUUGAUCGGUGCAUCCGGUGACGACCGUUUUGCCCUGAUGCAUGCAGGCUAUAAACACACACAUGGGACUGAUGGGUUUCCUAGAGACCAGGACAUGGCUUACAGCUACUAUUCCAAUGCUGGGGCACAGAGCAACAUUGACAGUUCACAGAUGCAUGAAAAGAAGCAAUACACACCUGAAUACAUCUAUUUAAGCAACAAAGACCAUUUAAAAACCCUGACACAUGAGUCAGGUGAUGUCUUCCAGUUUUUGAAAUUCCAAGCAGAGAGGGGAGACAUCAAGUCUCAGAAACGCUUGGGAACGAUGCUAUACUGGGGACAAAACGGAGUCUCAAAAGACAUAGUGAGCGCAGUGAAGUGGUUUGAGAGAAGUGCUAUGCAAAUGACGGAUCCCUCUGCGAUGUACGACUACUCCAUCCUCCUAAUGAAGGGCAAAGGGGUGAAAAGGAACUACACUCGAGGUUUUCAGCUGCUGAAAAAAGCGGCCGCGAUGGGCUCAAUUAAUGCCUUGAAUGGUUUAGGGUGGUACCAUGGGAUUGUACUGAAGGACCACAAAAAUGCAUUAAAAUACUUUGAGCAAGCGGCUUUGAACGGGAGUGAUGAUGGGAUGUUCAACCUGGGAGUUUAUCACCUCAAUGGGAAAAACCCUGACAGACCAUGGAGGAAUGAGAGUGCUGCCUUCCAGCAGUUUCUAAACGCAUCUCGAUUCGGGCACGUAGCCGCAUCAGUGGAGGCGGCGUGGUACCUUUCAACAGGAGGCCUGCAAGGGGUGUCUCAGGAUGUGGAGAGGGCUGUGAUAAUGCUAAAGAAGGUCUGCGAACAGAACGGACACCUUGGAUUUAUGAUCAGAGAGGCUCUUCAGGCCUAUCUCCAGGGCUCUUGGCAGGAAGCAUUUGUGAAGUAUGUUUUGGCAGCUGAGGCUGGUCUUGGUUUAGCCCAGAGCAAUGUGGCACACCUGUGUGAGGAGCUGAAUCUCGGUUACGAUUGUCAGUGGAGAUAUCACAGCUACUCUUUAUUAAACUUUGAUCCUCAUCCAUCUGCGCUGCUGAAAAUGGGAGACUACUACUACUACAACUGCUGUUCCUCCAGCACACGAGAGGACUCAUUAUCCUUGGCUGAGCAGGCCGUAUCAAUGUAUAGCAGAGCGGCUCUAGCGGGCAGCCCUCAGGGGGUGUACAACCUGGCUGUUCUGGCACAUCGUGGGCACGUUCUUCCACAGAGCGUCCUCAGCUUGUUCAAUGCGUCACGUCACGAUGAGCCGGACUUUGUGAUGGAGAAGAUCUUAAAAAGAUGUGUAGAGGCUGAGGAUGAGGAGGCAGUUACUCCCUGUUCUUUAGCUCUGCUCGGACUCCAGAUGGGAAAAGCCUUGAGGAGGAUGACUCAGAACCGUGCUCAGCUCUUCUUGACAUAUGCAUCUGUCCUCUCCAUCUUAAUCAUCCUUGUCGUCGUGCCAUUGGACAGCUGCCUGGAACACAGACACAGGAGGGCGUCUUCCAUCAGCCAACGUGGUGCUGACUUCAGUACAGAGCAAAAUGGCGUCAGGGGGCGAGCCCGCGGAGCAGAGGGGAAUCUACGGCUCACUCUGGGCGGCGAGCAGUGGCUCCAGCAGAGCAGUGAUUUGGCCGUGACUCUGUCGGGCGUGUGCCUGAGUGCUUUCUGGACCGUGCUCCUGUAUCAUCUCCUAUGACAUACAACGCCCUGCACUGUGAUCCAAACAGCCACAUUAAAAAAAACAAACACAGUACAUACAGUAAGAAGACACAUUUAGAGGAUGAGUUACAGAACAGUACAUGUGACUCAUUGUUGUUUCUGAGGCUUGUGACUUACUUUCAAAGAAGGAAGGAGAAAAGUUGCAGUCCCUACAUGAGGGAGCUUCUUUAUCUGAAUGUUGAUAAUGUUUCCUCAGUUACCACGUUUACAUUACCCUGUUUAUAGAAAAUAAAAUGAUUAGCAGAGAGUUCAUUGAAUUAAGUCCAACUUUUGUGACAUGAAAUGUAAAUGGAGCAUAUGUGCAUAAAACAGAUGAAUAUGUUGACAGAUGGUUUGGCAGUUCUAAUAAAUCAUCUAUUAAGUCUUGUCCAUGGUCCUAUCAGUGUCAAGAUGAUAAUAAAUGUCGCACAAGAGAGAGGACAUGCUAACAAAAGCUCUUAAGCAUUAUGCCUGGUUUGAAACCAGAGGAAUUUCAAAUGUUAUUGAUUUAGUCUGUUGCUGUGCAGGUGCCCUUGGUCAAUACACCAGAUAAGAAGGUAUCUGCUUUACACAUCGUUAAGGAGAGAUUGGCUGGGAAAGAAGUUACUAUAGCAAUUUGUGACACUAUAGACACCUUAGCGCCUUGUUAGGGGUAUCAUUAAAAAAAUAAUGCACCUCAGUGGUUUUGUUUAUGUCUCCAUAAAGAUAAAAUAACAGAGGUAUAGUUUUAAGAGAUUUUUGGUUCAAAUUAGAACUAAUAUAAAGGAAACUUAUCUGUGUUCCUAAAAGUUAUUUACAGCUCUGACAGGCUGGGAUGUGAUAAUGUGCAGUUUAUAGCUGGUGUUCAUGGAGCUGUCAUUAGGUAAAUUAGGAGCUUCACGGUGUAAACAGCACCAUGUGGAGCUGCCUUACUUUAGAAUGACUGAGUAUAAUUUGGUGGAUUGACUAAUGGUCUCUCUUCAUUUUUAUACCUAUUCCACAUGUCAUCUGUCUCUCUUUAAGGAAACCAACAUGGCCCACAUGUGCUGCGUGUAG